GCCCGCCCCGCAGCGCAGCGCCGCGCAGGCUCGCUCGGGCCUUGGCUUUGCCAAGGGAACGGCGGUGCUGAGGGCCGCGGGCCUGCGCCUUGUGGGCCGCCAUGCCGGUGCGCUUCAGGGGCUUGAGCGAAUAUAAGAGAAACUUCAGGUGGAAAACCCCCGAGCUGUGUAGCCCAUCCCAAGAGCAGAAGUCCCCAUGGGCAGGCCUUCGGUCGGAUCAGUUGGGAAUCACAAGAGAGCCAAACUUCAUUUCGAAGAGAAGAGUACCUUACCAUAACCCACAGAUUUCAAAGUCAUUUGAAUGGACAGGGGAUUGUGAUUUGGAUGACCCAGGUGAAACAGAGGCUCUCAAGACCGCAGAGUCACAUGCAGACCACAGUAAUGAUGUGAAUCAGGAAAACACUGAAACACCAGAAGGACCAAGGCUCCCCCCAAAGGUUCGGUCACAUUCUUCAGAUUCUGGAGUCAAAACUGCUCUUGCCCUUGCAGAAAAUAGUAUGAAGAAAUCACCACCUGUAGCUCUGCCUAAUCAAAAGGAAGCAUUUGUACCUCCAAAAAAGGAAGCGGAGAAGGUGAACAGAGGGCUUCACAUAGUCCUUCAGAGGAAAACAGGCAUGAAUAUUCCCCAUUUAAGUACUUACCCUAGAAAUUCUGAAUAUCAAAGUCAAUUUGUUUGGAAGAGUCCUCAGGAAAAGUCACCAAUACUUGCAGCUGAAGAGGCUCUUUACAAUGUGACUAAAUCUGUACCUCCAUUUAAAUCUCCUGCAAUUACUUCUGAAACUGAAAAUGUGAGAAAUUUCAAAGGUUCUCCUGCUGCUAAGGGUCCUCAAGAGAAAUCUACAGAAGAGAAAGAAUUUAUGGUUUGUGAGCAAACUAAGAGGGAAGAACUGUUACAAAAGCCAGCAGAAGAUGCAUCAAAACAAGGGAAAUCAGAGCAGAAACACCCUAAACGAAAAAAUAAGCAGCAUAUCAGUCAAAAGCCCCUUUCUUUACGUACAAAUCGUGGGAAGAUGAACACUGAGUACAGGUCAAAAUUCUUGUCACCAGCCCAGUAUUUCUACAAAGAUGGAGCUUGGUCUCGUAUUAGGAGUAAAGUUCCCAAUCAGGCAUCACAAAACCCCCUAAAUUCCAUGUGGUAUAUGGAGGUGAGAGAACUUCGAGCAAGAGCAAAGGCUUACAGGCAACGAAUAGAGGGAACACACUUCUCUCGGUACCAUCUCAACCAGCUCCUGUCUGAUAAUAACAGUCUGUGGGAUGUAUCCUCAAAUUCCAGUUCUGAAGAAGGCAUCAGCAGUGACAUCAGAGCACUCGAUCUUGCUGGAGUUUCUGAAAAGGAGACAGCACCAAAGCCAAAAGUGCUGCAGCAACCUGGCUCCAGAGAAGAGUCUCACCAGGAUGUCACUGAGAAUAAAGACCUGUCAGAUGCACCAACUGUUCCAGUCAAAAGACGUUUAGUUUGGGGUGAACAAGAAGGCACUGAAGAAAAAGAGAGUCAACAAUCAAGAGAAGAAGAAGAAAAAGAAAAUGAGCAAGCUGCAGUUGUGACACAGAAUUUAGAAAAAAACAAUAAGGGUAUAAAUGAAGAUAACAAAAUUGAAGGUGAGAAUACCUGCCUGUUGAAUUCUCCUGCAGCUGUGUCAGAUUCUUCUUCUGUAUCCUCGGAGCCUGGUGGCAGACUUCCUACCCCGCAGCUGAGAGCACUUGGCCGAGUUCAGAGAACUCAUCAUGAUCUCACUACCCCUGCUGUUGGAGGUGCAGUUCUAGUGUCUCCUCCUAAAUUCAAGUCUUCAUCUUCACGGCAGAGAAUGAGAAGUUUAGGAACAGAGCUUUCCUCAGCAAAGCACGGUGCAAGAGAGGCUUCACAAAGAAGGUCCUUCCGGCCUGAAGCAGAAGUGAAAGCUGUUUCACUCCUUACCUCGCCACCUGCUGGGCUGGGAACUGUGGAUCUUCUGCCACUUAGGCAGGAUCAGUGGCAUCCUAACGGUGUUUCUGGUGAGACAGUUGCUAUUAAUUCAGCAUAUCAAGAGCAGUCCUCUACACCUCCUGUGCUGAUGUCAACCAAAAACCACCCUGUGCCUUGUUGGAGUCCCUCUCCUCGUAUUCAAGGGACUCUCAAGGAUCCUGAAUUCCAGCAUAAUGGAAAUAUUGGGAAUCCAAAAAUGAGAUCUUUCCAGCUACCUCUUCAGGAAAGAAACUACAACAAUGAAGAUGACAGGCUGUCUCAGAUUUCUGCUCGCUCAGCAGCCUCUAGCUCACUUGCAUCUCAGAUACUGGAACGAGCUCAGAAGAGGAAGGAGGAUUUCUGGGGCAAGACAUAAUCUCUCUCACCUGUUUUCUACAAAUUGUUCUGUAAAAUGAUUUAUUUUUAUAGGUUGUACAUUUCUAAAAGUUGUAGAUAUCAUGUAGCAUCCUUUUACUUGUCACUACUACAGUUCCUCUUUAGAACUUGCCAUCCCAAUUUAAAAUUUCAGUAUUUAAACCAGUGUUGAAAAUGCAGAUCCUUUAUGUUUGGGAAUUAUGUUACAGAAGAUGGGUUUUUUUGUUUGCUUGUUUCUUUGUUUUUUAAUGCAACCUCUUCAAACUGAGACCAUUAUUUUUGGGUAACCUGUGUCUUUAUUAUCAAGAUAUUCUGCUGCAGUGAGGCAGUAUGACCUGGGGCAGUAUUCAGGGGCAGCAUUAUCGCUCACAAAACAUCUCAGUUGCUUGAUUUUUUUUUAACCAGGUAUCUUAAAGGCAACUGUGGUACAUUUCAUUAUGCUACUUCAUGAAUUUGAGUACAACACAGUGCUGUAACAAAAUCUGUUGCUUUUGCUACUUACUACUUUUAACCUAUUACCAAAAACUCCUUAUUACUUCUUAAGAAAGCUGACAUGGCACAUAAAAGAAUUGGAGAAAAGGACACUAAGCUUCAGGGUUUGUUGAUUGCCCACGUUUUAUUUGUUUUGGCCGGGAUGACUAUUAGAGGUCAGUGCAGUUCUGCAGCUUAGCAGGUGUACUGAUGUUCUGUGGGCAAGAUCCAUAUUUAGUAUUAAUGUCAGUUUCUCUAGAAAAAGCAACCUUAACCACUUGAACUGUGGUCUGUCCCGGCAUUGCUUCAACCUCAGGUACUUAGGACUAAUUGAUACCUUUAAGUAAAGUCCAAAGAAUGUUUUCUUGACUUUGACGUUUUAAUUACCUCUCUUUCCAGUGACCUGUUUAUAGGAAACUGGAAUACUGUUACAAUUGUCAGAGCAAAAAUAUUUGUGAUUUGUGCUGAUAGCCUGUUUUUCCUUUGUAUGUGAUGCAGACAAGUUAACAUGAAAUAGAAGAAAUGGAUGGCUAGCAGCCAAUUCUUUCAAUGGUUUGGUUCUUCUUACCUGGCUUCAAUUUUCCAUAUUAUUGAAUUUGAAAAUUUUGUACAGUAACAAUCUGAAUUUUGUACAAGUUUGUAUACGUUUUGAUUUUCUACACAAUUAAUGUCCAUGUGUUACUUAAAAUAAAAAAGGUCAAAUUCGU